GCGACGCGUUUGCUAGCGACGCAUCGCUAAGCAGUGCUAAACUGUUGAGUUCGGUGUUUCGAUUAUCGUGUGAAAAUGUGUAAGGUAGAAAUGCUGAGAGCGUUCCUGAACCAGCGACUAAGUGCGGCCAUCGACGAAAUAGUUGUAGUGUUUCAAAGAACGAUAGCAGAGUACGAGGAGGAACUUUGUCGCACGAAAGAGGAAAACGAGAGACAACGUCAACUGCUGGACGCUUUUUUCAUGCCUCAAGUUGCGGUACAGAGAGCAGAUGUCAUUGAAGAAAACCUUCAUCCUGAGCCGCAGCAGUGGAGCUCCAGGGUUGAGCUUCAGGAGCCAGAGCCCCCCUACAUCAAGCAGGAAGAGCAAGAGGACGAUAUCACCAAUUUGCCAUUGACGAGCGUCCCUGUGAAGAGGGAAGGUGAUGAAGACAAAGGUCAGAGUGAGACGAACAGAUGGGCUGAGCCUCCAUGCAGCAGCUCAAGUCAACACAUGACAACAGAAGUUGAUGGAGACCACUGUGGAGGAUCACAAGCAGAAAAGCUCUUAGCUCCACUGUCAGAUUAUGACGACAUAACGCCACACUCGCCUGACACUGAUGAUGAUGAACACUCUAAAGGUGAUAUGGCAUAUCGCACUGGCAACAAACACUGGAAAUGUUCUCAAUGUGAUAAAACUUUUGGCGUCAGAAUAAAUCUGAAAAGACACAUGGUAAUUCACACAGGGGAGAAACCUUUUGCCUGCUCAGUUUGUGGUAAACGAUUCACCCAGAAGGCACACUUGACAUCACACUUCAGAAUACACACCGGAGAAAAACCUUUUGCAUGUUCAUUUUGUGGUAAAAGAUUUGCUCGAAGUGAAUGUUUGAUAACACACACAAGAACGCACACUGGUGAGAAACCGUUCCGUUGCAACGUGUGUGAUCAAAGAUUCUCUUAUAAGUAUAAGAUUAAAAAACACAAGUGUGCUGGUGAGAGGAGCAACUGUACAGAAAAUGUGGAAAACUGACUUUCUGACAAGGCAACUAUGUUUAAGUGGUUUUAGUAAACUGGAAAAAUGUAUGUACGAUCCCAAAAUGACCCAAAAAUGCUACGCGGACCCCUCAUAAUUACACAUUUUGUAUUAGUUUCCAUUUAAC